CAGCAUUUUUUUUGGAGAGCCAAUUAGUGUUUCUAUUCUAAAACAAUAAGUAUUUGUUUGUUUUCGUGUUUUUUUAUUCCGAAGUAUGAUAUUUUAACGAAUUUACAAUAUUUAAGCCGCACUUAAUAUAAUCAAUGCAUAUUUAAUUACACAAUUGUAUAAUAUUCAGUUAAAAGUGGUCCUCGGUUCAAUCAUUGAAAAUUUAUACUAAAAAUUUUGUAGCAGGUAAAACACUACCUACAGAUUGUAUUACAGUUUAAUAUAACCAAUGUAAUGGGCAAUUCGGGAUUGAAACAGCAUUAUGAGACUGCUUCUAAAACGGGUGUUUUACAGUUGGCAGAUCAUAAACUAAAAGAAGUACCUAUAGAAGUACUAGGUUUAUCUGACAUACUGAGAAAUUUGGAUCUAUCUAAAAACAAAAUAUCUGUUUUGCCUGAAGAUAUAAGUAAGUUUAAGCAUUUAAAGCAAUUGAAUCUUGAGACAAAUAAACUAGAGAUGUUACCGAACUCUAUAACUAAUCUGAAGAAAUUGGAAUUACUGAAUGUAUCAAAUAACUUGCUUUGUUCCCUGCCUCAGGGAUUCGUGAAUUUGAGCAAUAUUAAACAAGUAUACUUAAAUAAUAAUAGAUUUAAAGAAUUUCCUCUUCAAUUGUUAAAACUACAUAAUUUGGAAGUGGUGGAACUUUCUAAUAACAAGAUUACUGAGAUACCCAGUGGCAUGUUUGAGCUAUUUGCUAUGGAAUUAAAUUUAAGUCAAAAUGAGAUAUCAUCACUUGGUGAUGACUUACAUCAAGCACCUAGACUAAAAAUCCUGAGAUUGGAAGAGAAUUGUUUGGGUUUAGAUGCAAUCCAGCCGAGUUUAUUGAGAGAUUCCAAGAUACAUACUAUCAACUUAGACGGUAACCUGUUUGAAGCAAAGCAGCUGGCUUCAUUGGAGGGCUACAAUGAGUACACGGAGAGAUACACAGCAAUGAAAAAGAAAAUGUUUUGAUGUCGGUUGUACUGCACAAUUUAUUGUUACAGCUUAGCACUAAAUAUAUUUAGCAAAUGUUAUCUGUUUAUAAUUAAUUUUCCACAAAAUAUCUUUGAAAAUUUAUGUAAAUAUGUGACGUAGUUUUUAUUUUUAAAUGUUUAAUUUAUUUUAUCUGAGAUAUAGAUGAGACAUGAAUGGUAAUUUUUUAGCUUGUAGAUUUUAUUAGUAUCUUCAUCAGGAUUCAGCAUCUGUAAAAUAAUUAUAAUAAAUGUAAUUAUAAAUAAUAACAAAAAAAAUCAUUAAAUAUGUUUUAAAUUUUAUUGCCUGUAAUAAACAUAUGUUAUAUAACUUUAACUUUUGUUCAUCAUGACAACACCUUAAAUUGCAAAGAAUAAUUUGUUUGAUACAUUUAUAAAGAAUAUUUUUUAUUGCCACUUAAGUAAGUAAUUUUAUUAAAAAGAUGAGGACGCCAAAAUUGCAAAUACAAUUUUUUACUUUUAAUGCAAACAAUCAUUUCGAAUGGGUGAUUUUGGUCAUAAAUUUACAUUAAAGUAUUUGGAAUACAUAGUUAUUAAUACAAAUAAUUUUAUAUUGAUUAAGUCUAUAUAGAAUCAUCUAGCUAUCCAAGUUACAGUGCUGAAACAUCUGAAGUCAUUUGUUAUGCUUUAAAUAAACAUUGAUAACAUAUAGGAACCUAACCUAGGAAAGUAAUUUAUUUUAUAGUCUUUAAUAUAACAAAUUCGCAACAUAUUCCUAAAAAUAUAAAGUUUUAUGUACAUACCCAAGAAUUCUAUUAUUUCCUACGAUAUGGCAUUGAUUUGU